AUGUCUGCCGCCCUUCAACUCGUUCGCCCAACCAUCCGCCACUUUUCGGUGCGCCGUCCUCAACCCGACUCUCGCACCUCGCGCUUCAUCGCCAGCUCCUGUCUCUUUUCUGCCGUGGUGCUCCCAUUCGUGCCCCCGGCUCUUGAGAGCUCUCGCGAGAAGCACAAUGGCUACCCCAACCACAACAAGUAA